GAAAGCCGCGGGGGCAUCAGCACUUGCCGAGGCCGUCUGCCAUAUCGACUCCGCGAGGCAGUACGGCCGCAGCGUCAGAAUAUGUCAAGUGGUGCUGCGAUGAAUUCGUUGGAAGCGCUCGUCGAGAAGGCCGUGGACAGCAGGAGGAUUGAACUGCACGCCCUGAGCGACUACCUCUGGCGGAACCCCGAGCUGGCUCUGAAGGAGUUCAAGGCCCACGAGCGCCUCACGGAGUUCCUCGAGAACCAGGGAUUCCAGGUACAGCGACACUGGCUGCUGGACACUGCCUUCCGCGCCGAGUUCGACAACACCCGGGGCGCUGAAGGUCCCACGGUGGCCUUCAUGUGCGAGUUCGACGCGCUGCCGGAAAUUGGCCACGGGUGCGGCCACAACCUGAUCGCCGAGUGCUCGGUGGCCGCAGGCAUCGCCGUCAUGGAGGCCCUGAAGGCGAGACCCGAUAUCCCAGCUAAGGUUCUAUAA